CUCACUGCCCGCGGUCCCGGCUCCAGGCACCAUGUUCCGCGCGGGGCCCCCCAGCCACACCCUCCGCCGGCUCCCCCUGCUGCAGCUGCUGCUGCUGGCACAGGCCUUGGGGAGGGGGCUGGGCCGCGCCAACCCGGCCGGGGGCCCCCUGGAAGAUGUAGUCAUCGAGAGGUACCACAUCCCCAGGGUCUGUCCCCGGGAAGUGCAGAUGGGGGAUUUUGUGCGCUACCACUACAACGGUACUUUCGAGGAUGGCAAGAAGUUUGACUCGAGCUAUGACCGCCACACGUUGGUGGCCAUCGUGGUGGGCGUGGGGCGCCUCAUCACCGGCAUGGACCGGGGCCUCAUGGGCAUGUGCGUCAAUGAGCGGCGACGCCUCAUCGUGCCUCCGCACCUGGGCUACGGCAGCAUCGGCGUGGCGGGGCUCAUUCCCCCGGAUGCCACCCUCUACUUCGACGUGGUCCUGCUGGAUGUGUGGAACAAGGCGGACACUGUGCAGGUGACCACCUUGCUGCGCCCACCUCACUGCCCCCGCAUGGUCCAGGACAGCGACUUUGUCCGCUACCACUACAAUGGCACGCUGCUGGAUGGCACCGCCUUCGACACCAGCUACAGCAGGGGCGGCACUUAUGAUACCUACGUGGGCUCUGGCUGGCUAAUCAAGGGCAUGGAUCAGGGGCUGCUGGGCAUGUGUCCUGGAGAGAGAAGGAAGAUCAUCAUCCCUCCAUUCCUGGCCUAUGGCGAGAAAGGCUAUGGGACUGUGAUCCCCCCGCAGGCCUCCCUCGUCUUCCAUGUCCUACUGAUUGACGUCCACAACCCCAAGGACACUGUCCAGCUGGAGACGCUGGAGCUGCCACCUGGCUGCGUUCGGAGGGCCGUGGCUGGGGACUUCAUGCGUUACCACUACAACGGCUCCCUGAUGGAUGGCACCCUCUUUGAUUCCAGCUACUCCCGCAACCACACCUACAAUACCUACGUGGGGCAGGGUUACAUUAUCCCCGGGAUGGACCAGGGGCUGCAGGGCUCGUGUGCGGGGGAGCGCCGGAGGAUCACCAUCCCCCCCCACCUCGCCUACGGGGAGAACGGGACUGGAGAAAAGAUCCCUGGCUCCGCUGUGCUGAUCUUCGAUGUCCACGUCAUCGACUUCCACAACCCUGCGGAUCCCGUGGAAAUCAAGACACUGUUCCGGCCCCCGGAGCCCUGCAACGAGACGGCCAAGCUCGGGGACUUUGUUCGCUACCACUACAACUGCUCUCUGCUGGAUGGCACCAGGCUCUUCUCCUCCCAUGACUACGGGGCCCCUCAGGAGGCAACUCUGGGGGCUCACAAGGUGAUCGAAGGCCUGGACACGGGCCUGCAGGGCAUGUGUGUGGGAGAGAGGCGGCAGGUUGUGGUCCCCCCACACCUGGCCCACGGAGAGAGCGGAGCCCGAGGGGUCCCUGGCAGUGCGGUGCUGCUGUUUGAGGUGGAGCUGGUGUCCCGGGAGGAUGGGCUGCCCACGGGCUACCUGUUUGUGUGGCACGAGGACCCUCCUGCCAACCUGUUUGAAGACCUGGACCUCAACAAGGAUGGCGAGGUGUCCCCGGAGGAGUUCUCCACCUUCAUCAAGGCCCAAGUCAGUGAGGGCAAAGGACGCCUCUUGCCGGGCCAGGAUCCAGAGAAAACCAUAGGAGACAUGUUCCAGAAUCAGGAUCGCAACCAGGAUGGCAAGAUCACGGUCGAGGAGCUCAAGCUGAAGUCCGAUGAAGACCAGGAGCGGGUCCAUGAGGAGCUCUGAAGGGCAGAGGCCGGGCCCUAAUGCAAAGGCCCACGUCCUAGGGGCACAGUUGGGCAGUGGGGCUGACUUUCCAACAGUCACCCUCCCCUCUGCUGGGAUGAGGUCUGGAAGCAUCUAAAAAGUGGCCAGAGGGGGCAGCUCUGGUCUUCCCACUGCCCCAGAGGAACAUCCACGGCACAGGCCUCUGUUCGGUUUUUCUCUUCCAACCCCAAACCCCUUCCUUAAAAGUUUCGGAGUUACAAAGCCACUGUGGGCACGGGCAGGAUCUGGAGAUUGGCCGAGACCACUGCUGGGCCUGGCCCAGGUCUCCCCUCUAUCACCAGCCGCUGAACAAGGCCAAGCUCACCGUGUCUUCAUCUCCCCCGACUUCCCCUUUGCCUCUACUGUUCUCACCAUCCUCGAACCCCCGCCUGUAGCCCCCUUCCUCCGUCCUGGCAACUCCCCAGGCCAUGGGCCUCCAGUUCCCUCUCUGCUCUGGCUGGUUCCUAGGGAAGGGUGGUUCCAGGAGGGCAGCCCUACCUCACCUGUCCUGUUCCCCCCUCGCUGUGUCCAGUGGUAGCUUAGGUGCCAUCAGGAUGCUGCAGGUCAAGGCUGGGUUUUAUGUCCACUUUCCUCCCUAAAGAAGGCUGCCUUCUCUAAGAGCCAAGGAACAGGAAAAAAAUCGAAGGUGGGUCAUGAAGAAACCUACUUGCCUGGGCCCGAGGGCUAUGAAAGCCUUGGUUCAGGGCUCAGAUAAACGUGGACGAGGGGAAUCACUGCGGGCUGAGGGGUGAAAGGGAGGUGGGCGGAGCUCUGCACACUCAAAAGACAAAACUGGUGUCAGAUCCCUUUCUCCUUUGUGCCAAAUAAAAGACUAAACCAAA